UCUGGGUGUGACUUGGAAGAGUAGUGGAUGCAAUGGAGGCUAAAGGAGCAAGUAGAAGUUAGACCUUAGACACAGAGGAACCCAUCAUGUUACUCUCCAUAUCCUGAUGAUGUUAGCCAGCCAUGGGAGGGCAAAUGAAGAUCAAAACCAGGGAAUUCAGUGAGUGGCUGUUAGCAAGUAGGUAACAGUAACACAGACGAGACGGGAUGAUUCUUGAUCAAGUACCUACUCCAUGGAUCCAGGACAGGUUCAUCCCAUGGCCUGCUCUGAACAGGAUACAGUCUGAUAGAAGAUUCCAUCGGCAAACCAUCUCUUGCCUUACGGAACAAGCAGAGAAGAUGGACCUACUGAAGAACCAUCUGACUGUGUGCUUACCACCUUCUGUGCCCUUUUUAAUCCUAGUAUCCACUCUGGCAACUGCUAAGAGUGUGACCAACAGCACUUUAAAUGGCACUGACGAGGAAUUGGGCUCUGUGCCUGUAAUCAUUGCCAAAAUGGACCAUAUCAUAGUCAAGGAGGGGAACAGUGCCUUGAUUAACUGCAGUGUUCAUGGCGUCCCUGACCUAUCAUUUAAGUGGUUUAAUUCUGUUGGCAAACUGCUGAAAGAAGGCGACGAUGACAAGGAGAGAGGAGGAGCCCGAGGCCUCAGAGAUGCUGUCGCUUUGCAAAGCAGCACAGGGAAGAAAGAGUGGAGAGAAGGAAUUUGGAAUGUGAAGGUAGGGGCUACAACCCGAGCAAGAUGCAGAAAGUGGGUAAGAGGAGGAACGCAAAUGAGUGCCGGGAAAAGCUUGCCAUUCGGCCUCGUGGCAUUUUCAGCAGGAAAAUGGCAAAUGCUGGAUGGCGGCCUUCUGAACAUCACCAAGGUGUCUUUCUCAGACAGAGGGAAGUACACAUGUGUGGCAUCCAACAUCUAUGGCACCGUAAACAACACGGUGACCCUGCGAGUCAUCUUUACCUCUGGAGACAUGGGCGUGUACUACAUGGUAGUGUGCCUCGUGGCCUUCACCAUCGUCAUGAUCCUCAACAUCACCCGCCUGUGUAUGAUGAGCAGCCACCUGAAGAAGACUGAGAAGGCCAUCAACGAGUUCUUUAGGACAGAAGGCGCCGAGAAGCUGCAGAAGGCGUUUGAGAUCGCUAAGCGCAUCCCCAUUAUCACCUCAGCCAAAACUCUAGAGCUUGCCAAAGUGACCCAGUUCAAAACCAUGGAAUUCGCCCGUUACAUCGAAGAGCUUGCCAGAAGCGUGCCCCUGCCUCCCCUCAUCAUGAACUGUAGGACGAUCAUGGAGGAGAUCAUGGAAGUGGUCGGGCUUGAGGAGCAGGGGCAGAAUUUUGUGAGGCAUACCCCAGAGGGCCAGGAGGCCACAGAUCGGGAUGAGGUAUACACCAUCCCCAACUCUCUGAAGCGAAGUGAGUCCCCCACAGCCGACUCGGAUGCCUCGUCAUUGCAUGAACAGCCUCAGCAGAUUGCCAUCAAGGUUUCAGUUCACCCCCAGUCCAGAAAGGAUCAUGGAGAUGACCAAGAGGGUGGACAUUUUGAGGUCAGAGAUGAAGAGCAGACAGAACCCUCGGAGGAACAUUCUCCAGAGACUGCAGAGCCUUCUACAGACAUAACGACCACCGAGCUGACUUCUGAAGAGGCAUCACCUGUAGAAAUACCAGAACGAGGACUGCCACCAGCACACCUGGAAACGACAGAGCCAGCAGUGACAUGUGACAAAAACACCUGCAUUAUUUAUGAAAGCCAUGUCUAAUCUUAACCCCUUGAAACGCUAUGCAUAUCAAGAAAAUCAGGGGCUGCUCCUUGUAACACAAACGUAGUAUGCACUUACCGCUAAGCCUUACCAGGAGACUCUCAUCCCUUAGGUAGGAGUGAUGCCCCGUGAAAGGGAAGACACCUGCAUGGAGUUCAUGUGACUUGACUCACCCCAGUAGGGAAAGACGUGAGAAGUGCUGGGGUACAGACCUGAUAAGAUGGGGCACAGGUCUGUCCGUGUGAUCUGAAUUAUAGAGGCCAUUCUCUGCAAGAUCCCUUAAUUGGUAAUGCCCUUUUGGCCAAGAGUAUACUACUGUAAGAUGUUCUGAGUUCAGGAUCCCUGUCUAAUGCAUAAUGCAUUGCUUUUCUUUUGAAAAUUAUAAGUCUGCUACAGUAGCAAUUGCUCAUACAUGGGUUUGUUGCACUUUCUUCUUCUCAGUUUUAAUUAUUUUCACAGUUCUUUUAUAAUGGAGUAGUUGCUAUUAUAUUAAUAUUAAUUGCUCUUUCUGCUGGAGUAUUCUGUGUCACCUUUGUCCUUAUUUUUUUCUUAGUGUGUUUACCUCAGAGUCUUGGGUGUCGCUGAUGUCUGUGUCAUUUGGAAUGCCCCAAAGUAAUUACUACACUCCUUUUUCUUUUUCCUAAUUUUCUCUUUAAAAAAAAAAGAUACCCUCCCACCUGUGUUCAUACACUUUUUGUUUCCAAUGAGGCUGCUAUUGUGAAACUGAGAAAAACUUAGCCCCCAAAUAGCACUUUAACAGUCAAAUAAAAACGUUUCCCUGUCCAGUUAGGUGAGCUCAGCUUGAGGUGAGAAGCAAUAUUAUAAUUGGUUAGAUAGACCCACGGCACUCAAGAAAAUGGUUUACAUGAAAGUGCCCUCACCCUCCAAACGAUGGCAGGUUCUUCACCUGGAAGACUUAGCGCUUCCAAAGACAGAGGCAUUUGGUGAAUUCCUGUAAGUACAGCAUGCCUACUUCCCAGAAGGCCUUGCAGGGCCCAUAAGGUGCUGCUCAGGUCAGCCCUAAACUUAGGGCAGCAUCUAUCAGCUCUGUAAAGAGCAUAACUGGGUCCCCUUUAGACUGCAUACUUAACUUGUUAAUCAUUGAAAGGGAGCUUGCAAAAUUAGGAUAAUGACAUAAAGGGUUUUAUCCUGAAAUGAUUGAAUUCUCUGUCAAGGCAGCUUGAUAUAGAGAACAAAGACAAUCCAGCCAUCCAUAGGUUUAAUUCUUGACAGUGCCAAUAACCAGCUGCCAGGUUUUUGCAAAUCUGGUCCUUGGUUUACCUCGCUGUAGGAAAGGGCCAACUGGCAUGAACUCUGAGAGCUGUUCUUUGUCAAAGGCAUCACAUUCAGAGAAAGAACCCAGUAUCAAAACGUUUUUGUGUGUGCCUUUUUUCACAAUUGUUUUAAAGAUAUUUUUUGCUUUCGUCUCUGGGUUCCCAUGCUAUUUUUAAUGCUCUUUUACCUACUUAAAUGAAAGGGAUCACAGCAUUUUCAACAAAUUCUGGAAAUUUUCUCCCUACAAGUAAAUUAUGUGGCCCAUUACUAAAAUUUAGAUAUAACCUUGGUAGGAAUGUAUUUUCAAAUACAAACAAAGGAGACUGAAAAGUUUUAUUCCCAGCUCUUAGAAUAUACACAUUCCAUUACAGUCAUGGAGUUUGACAAAUGAUUCCUUUUGACAUAUAUACCCAGAGGAACAGCAGGGACUGAUUAGUGGAUGUCCUGUGAUGCUAUGUGAACUCUAUUCUACUCAGUUCUCAUUCCAUCCAAGCCCCUGUGCCAACUUCCCCAUGAAAACUGGAGGGUAAAGUAUUCACGCUCUAUAGUUACUGAUUAAUAAGCUAAAGUAGGCAGAUUUCUCUUUGACGCAAGAGCUGAAAUAUAUGACCAAAGAAUGUCCCCACACUGAUUUUGAUUCUUUAGACUGAAGUGGGAUAGAGAAUAAGUGGAUGAUUUUCAAACUUCCCUCCUUAAGGUAUCAAAUGUUCUCAAUAUAACAAUAUCCAACCUUAAAGGGAACUUGGCUUGAUACAGAAUUUGUCCAUCCAGAAAUUCUAUGCUCUUGCUGCCCCUCCAGAGAACCUUACAAAAUGAGAACGGCCUCUUUUUAGAAUAUGAAAUGUGGAAGACCUCAUAACACUUGGCUGAUAGUAUCCCCCAAAAAUGAACCAUUCAGGUUCUUAGGAUCAUUUGUGGAGUCCUGUUGAACACCCAUGAAUACAGGCCCGGGCACAAUGGACUCAUUUUAGCAAGUUUAAAAGCUCAACACUCAAUCCCAACCUAUGUAUGUCCUUUGGGUCUUCUAUAGUCAUUCUUUUAAAAAAAAAUCAAACAAUUUCUGGUUUCAGAGUCAUCCUGGUCAUACCUCUAGCAGUUUCUUGAAAUUCUGAAAAUGAUUCACAUAAAUAUGCAUAUUUAAUUCUCUUAGAUGAUCUACAAGCUUGGGUGGUAUUUAUUCUAAAUGGGAAAAAUACCUAAAAUUUUAUAUGGGGAAAAAGCUAUGUAAUUUAUAAUGUUUUGUUUUAUAUAUUUAUAUUUUCAUAUCUUUAGGAUACAUCUGUUGCUCUCAUCUUUUUGUACAUCACAGUUGGCAAAAAGAAAUGCUAAUACUUGACUAAAAUCUCUAGGAACCAAAUGUGAUACAUGUGAUACAUAAUGUAUAUAACUUGCUCUAGAAAUAUCUGAAUGUUCUCACCCAUGCCAAGCUUUGUUGCGUCAUGUCAUUGUGACCCAAAAGUCUGGGGUGCUCAUGAACAUUACCGUUUCACCAGGAAGACUGAAAGGGCUGAUAUCCCACAGGAUGGAUUUUGGAAUAUCUUUUCCUUCUUUAUCUUGUUUGUUUUUUCCUCAACUGGACACGCCCUUCUGAAGGGCGAGCAGGAGAUGGUGAGAAAGCAACGCGAAUGAAUCUCGUUAUGGCUGUGUAAACCACGUUAACAGACUGAGGACAUGUGCUAAAUCCCAUGCCUGGGUUGUCAUUCACUGGUGACAUGCUGGUGAGGUAGCAUCCGCUUAGUUCUCUUGCACACAAAGUGUAGGGCAUGAAGAGUGCUUGCAUGUUUUGAAUAGGCACAGUGGAAACUUAGUGUGGCCUCUAUUGGUGACUAUGGGAACACCCAUCUGGCACUGGAAGAAAUGUUUUAAAAAAAUAAGUCAGCUCUCUUUUCUUACAUGGUUUGAAGGAGAAUGUUUAUUGUGUGUUAGAAUCCUUUAAUGGCACCCCCAGUGGUUAGCUUAACUGGGGGUUUCCAUGUUUUCCUUUGGUAAGAAGUGGAACAUUAAAGUCUAUUUCAAACACUAUUUUCUCAGCCCAUUCAACGGCUGUCCUUCACAUAUCUUCACGAAACUUCUCACCAACCUCUCUAAGUUAUCCCAGUUCCUAUUGUUGCUCCUUAAACACUUCCUAAAACUCUUCAAAUACCAACCAGACAUCACUAUGUAUUCACACACACAGCUUUGAGCAUCUGUUAAAGCUAAGAUAUCAAUUUUACAUUUCACCGAUAAAGCCUUCAAACCAAUAACAAAGUUCAUUUUCUUAAUGGCCUUUUUAUGAUUUCUUCAGAGAUUAACAGGUUUUGAUGAAACAAAUCAUUUGUGGGCAAAAUAAUCAAAUAGAAUUACUUGUAUUUUUCCACAAGACAGUGUUUGAUGAUUAUACAAGAAAAUCUCAUGUGAGAAGGAUGCUCUUUCAAUGACUGUUUUUUUCUUAGAAAUGCAAAUGUAAAGGGGCUAACACUGAGAAUGCUACAAUCAUUAAAGACAGAAUAAAACCAGAAAGGAAGUCAUUCUAAGAACAUUAUAGAAUAAAUUUUAUUAUUUAACCAAUUAUAAAAGCCUCAAAAUGUAUCUUUCUAAUAUUACAGAACCAUGACCAGUGAGUUGUUUCGGAGAAUGUGUUUGCAUCUAUUUCUGAUUUCCUAUGCAUCUCUAGUCCUGAACAUCCUUUGUUAGACUGGAAAUGAGAUGAAAAAAAUGUAUCAGGAAGAAAUAUGAAAUAAUUUAAAGAUAUAAACAAAUGACUAAGAUAUCACUGUAGUAAAAAAGAAAACAUAAUGUGUGAUCCAUCCUGUAGUCUGAUUGUUGCUUUAAUAAAGGGUUUACACAGA